AUGAACAUCAUCUAUGGCAGGGGCAGAGUUCUGGUGACUGCACAUGCCCUCACUGUGGAAGCACCUGUCAAGGAAACACAAGUGGCACGAGGGAACAAUGUUACUCUCCGCUGCCAGUUUAAAACCGACGCUUCCGUUGACUCAGGAGACAUUGUCGUCUGGAAAAAACUCAGCAGUGUGGAGGAUGCUGUCACUAGGUACUUCGAUGGACUUGUCCAGUAUGGCAAGGAUUACGAAAACCGCCUGCAGUUCAGUGGUGAUGUAAACACGGGGGACAUCAGUGUCACCAUCAGCGCGGUGACCAUGGCAGACAACGGCACGUACGCGUGCAGCGUGCGCCUGAGGAACGACCCCCCGCGGCAGACCGCAACCUUGUCUCUUUUCGUCCUUGUUGCACCAUCCAAGCCAGAAUGCAAGAUUCUGGGGACAGCAGAAUAUGGACAGACAAUCAACCUGACCUGCAAUUCUGAGGAGGGCUCCCCAAAGCCCAGCUAUACCUGGCAAAGCUUCGAUGUACAAAAUGUGCCCCGUACACUACAAACAACAGAAGGGCAAGUAAUAACUCUGACGAAUAUCUCGGCGGAUACCUCUGGCUUUUACAUCUGCACUUCAACAAACAUUGCGGGAAAGGAGUUUUGCAACAUGACAGUCAGCGUGAUGCCACCAUCCAUGAACAUAGCUCUCUACGCUGGCAUCAUUGGUGGAGCUGUUGCUGCAAUUAUAGUUAUUAGUAUUUUAGUCUAUUGCUGCUGCUGUCGGACACAGAAGGAGAAGGACUAUGAGAUGACGGAGCAAGAAGAUAGAAGUGAACAGUCCAAGGAGACGCCUGCAACGAAUGUGAGAGCAGAGGAUGAUGCUGAAGAUGAAUGAAGAAAGAAGCAGGAGGCCAGUGCCAUCUUCAGGCUUUACUGAGGCACAGACACCACUGCAGAGGAGAAACCAAUCCCUCUUUCUUACGGCAAAAAGAUUUUUCAGAACAAUAAAAUGAAAGCUGAUGGCUCUGCCUUCCAAGUUCUGCGAGAGAAUAUCCUUGUCUCCCUGGAAAGAAGCGCUUACAUACAGUGAGUACAUAACCUCCUAGCAGAAAAUGCAUUUGAGGCACUGUUUUACCCAGUCAUCUAAAAAUAACCAGUCUUCUAGACUUCCCACUUCCUCAAAAAAGAAGCCAGUCAGGUCUAUUUGGAGAACAGAGUUACUGCUGUAUCCCCAGAUCCACAGAAGCUUUCAAGGUCACCAACUGCAAGUCAUCAAGGAAAGAUGGUCUUGUUCAUGGUGCUACAUGUGCCACAGCUUACAGCAUGGUCCGGUACAGAAAUUGUUUUAUGCAGGCUGGGCAAGCCAGAAAUAAUCCACUGCUGCCACUUCUGAAAAAAUGACAGUGUGAGAACAUGUACAUGGCAAAUAAAUCUUUAAUUGGGGGAGGGGGGGGAGGAGAGGAAAAAGUACCAUUUUAUUCAAAAUUGUAGCAAUUUAAUCAGAAACACUGUGUGUGCAAAUGUGCAGAGAACUCCCAUCACUAGUUUAUCAUCUUUGGAAGGGAAUGGACUGUCUUUGUCCAAAAGACUGGCAACAUGGUAUUAGAACAGUAUUAGAGCUGUUUGAGCUUUUCUUGUUUGUACAAUGUGGGGUUUUUUUAGGACAUGUUCAAUAAAUAACUUACACUACA